AUGGGAAACAGGUUCUUGGCCUUGUCUAGGUGGGUUUUGAUAGUAGCACUUCUUGUUGGGUUAUCCGGAGAAACCUGUAACGCGGAAGACGACGGUACCAACUGUACCUCUUCCUGCGGCAAUAUCCACAACAUAAGCUAUCCUUUCCGACUAGAACAUGAUCCAAAGCACUGCGGCGAUGUAAAGUAUAAUCUGUCCUGUGAGAACAACAUUACACUUGUAGACAUACCUCCUUCAGGAAAAUACUAUGUCCAGGCAAUCAACUACCACAACCUAACAAUCCGAGUCGUAGAUCCUGGCCUCCAGAAAAACAAUUGCUCCUCCAUGCCUCAAAAUUUUCCACCUUUUACAUCAAUUGAUCAAGUGUAUUUUGUAUCUGAACUGCUUUCGACACCUGUAUUUUACAUCAAGUGUUCGAAUCCAGUGAAUUCUUCUCUGUACGUGGACACUGCUCCAUGCUUGAAUAUAAAUGCUUCUUCUUUGGUCCAACAAAAGACGUACAGUUAUGUGAAGGUUGGGGAUAUGGAAGUGGGGGAUUUGAAUGAGGGUUGCAGUGCAGAGUGGCUGGCUUUGGCGCUCUUGAACUACUCUAAGGGCUACAAUACCUCUUAUGAAUCCAUACACAGUGCCCUCAUGUAUGGCUUUGACCUUGGAGUAUAUAAUGAUGAAGAAAUAUGCCAGCACCAAUGGAGGAAAUAUCAUACAUGUUAUCCACACACCAUCCCAGUUUAUGAUAGUGCAUAG